GAGAGCUGUAUUGACGACACCUUGGGACUCGGAAUCUGCUCUUGCACGGGAAGAGCCCUCUCUUUUCAAAUCCGCCGCCUCUUGUAGCCUUGCCACCCACGUAAACAAAAACACAACUGGACUGUACCACUUCCACAUUCCGUUGUGAAAUACGGGACACAACGGCGCAAUAGAAUUAAAGGAUAAAAUUGCAUUAACGUCUGAUGUUCUGAAAUGAAAACGGGCGUGACAUUUUGUAACUCCUCUUUGUCUUGGUUUCUUUAAAGCGAAAUGCACACAGGAACCACGUAAAAACGGCCGAGACAGCACGACCCGGCAGGACCUUUUUGGCGUGAGCAUGAUUGUUCCUUUACUAAGUCAUCAUGUAAAGUCACUUGGGGCAACUCCUACAGUUGCUGGAAUAGUGGGUUCCACUUAUGGCAUCCUUCAGCUUUUUUCCAGUACAUUAGUUGGCAGCUGGAGUGAUGUGGUAGGAAGACGUUACUCUUUGGUGACCUGUAUUUUGCUGAGUGCUUUGGGAUAUGGCCUGCUUGGGCUCUCCACCAAUAUUGUUUUAUUCAUAGUGGCAAGAAUUCCAGUGGGGAUCUUCAAACAUUCCCUUUCCAUCUGCAGGGCUCUUUUGUCUGACUUGGUGUCAGAGACAGAGCGCCCCCUGGUGAUGGGCCAUUUUAAUGCAGCUUCCAGUGUGGGCUUUAUUUUAGGCCCAGUGGUGGGAGGCUACCUCACAGAGCAUGAAGGUGGUUUCUACACUUCUUCAUUCAUCUGCUCAGGAAUUUUUCUUUUAAAUGCAGGUCUUGUGUGGAUGUUGCCAUGGAACGACACUUUUAAAAAAACGGACCUUGCCACCGCUAAAACCAGCAAAGGCAGUAGCAAUAAUAUCAAACGGAAACACGAGGACAGUGACCACGUAAAAGAAUCUGCAGCCCCCCGAGAGAGGUUUUUCCAGCCUGCUUGGAAGCAGUGCUCCUCAGUCCUGCUGAAGAUCAGAGCACUUUCCUCUUCGGAUAUGUGGGACGUCUUCUUGGUCCGACUCCUCAUGGCCAUUGCCAUCAUGCUCUACUACAGCAACUUCUCUCUGGCCCUGGAAGAAAGGUUCGCACUGAAACCGAAGGUGACGGGCUAUCUCAUCAGCUACAGCAGCACCCUCGGAGCCCUUGCGGGCUUCCUGGUGGGGCCGGUGACCAAACUGUACCACAAUGACAUGUCUUCUAUGCUGUUACACUCAAGCAUCCUGACUUGCUCACUAAUAUUCCUGUAUGCCACAGCCCCCAGUGUGUGGCAGGUGGUCCUCUGCUCCACGUUCUUCGCCAUCUCCACCACGAUUGGCAGGACAUGCAUCACAGACCUGGAGCUGAGGCUCGGCGGGGCGCAGGCCAGCGGCACUUUGAUUGGGGCGGGGCAGUCGGUGACAGCGGUGGGGCGAGUGCUCGCUCCUUUGCUUUCAGGCUUCGCCCAGGAGUUUAGUCCGUGUGGCCCUCCGAGCCUCGGAGUGGUGUUGGCGCUGGCGGCUGUGUUGCUGCUGAUCUUAAAAAAGCCACGAGGCGCUAAGGGCGAAAAAAGACAUCCGAACCUUUGACAAACGGGAGGAGACGACCGAGGGUUGGACAUUCCGCUGUUGUCUUCCUGUGUACAUCCAAGGUUAAUCUGUUGGAAACUCUGGGUUUAUUCUGUAAUACUCAUCAGGACUAGCUUGUUUCCACAUGCUCACCAGCAUCAGUUUUUUUAUUAGUAUUAUUUUUAUUGAUUUAUUUUAUGUUCUGGUGUAGGUCCUUAGUGGGAACUUCUGGCUACAGUAUGGGAACUCAUAAUACAUUUUAAUUUGUUGUAAAGAUGAGAAGUGUAAACUAACUUGACAUUUUCACAACAGAAGCAAUAUCUUUUCUUGUCUUUAACAUAAAAGAGUUGUUUAAAGUAAUAUUUAAGCAAUUAUAAGAUAAUUAUAAUAUGGUCAGGUAUAUCUAAACUAAAAUUUACCUAAAUUUUAAAAUUAAAAUGUUUCUGUGUUAUGGCUGUAAGAGUUGCUGUCUCACAACUGUUGGGCCCUGAGUUUGCUUCUGUGCAAGUUUCUGUGUGUGUGUAAUUUCAUGUUAUCCCUAUAUUUGCACAGGUUUUCUUUAGCUUUUGUGGUUUACUCCCAGCUCCCAAAGACACACAGGUUUGUUUGGCUUGCUCCUUCUAGGACAUACUCCCUAAGACCAAACACAAUGUCAUACACAAUAUACUGUCUCCUGGUCACCCAUGGCAUAUGAUACAAGAAGAGUAGGGAAUUGGCAGAGAUUGUUAUUGCUCAAAGAAACAGAUAAAACUGAAACUAUGAUCUUCACAAAGAAGGGCAGUUUCAUCCCUGCAAACAGCCUGGAUGCUCAGUAUCGCUUUGUGUUCUAACUUCGACCUAUAACCACUAAUCAUGUCACUUCUUGCUGUCAUUCUUAUUCUACAAUAAUAGGGAUUCAUGAAAAGCAGGCUGGAAUAGUAAGCUGUACAUGCAAUGUUUAGAAAAAUACUGAAAACAGUUCCAAUUUUUUAUUACAAUGGAUAGAAGUAUAAAUGGUAAAAUAU